AAUGCUCUGAAUCCCUUUUACUGCGCCAUAUGGGGAGGGACAAAGUUUUCAUCAGAUGGUCUAACUGAACCGCUUACUCCGGAAAAACCUGGUCUGGCUUCACUUCAAAUUUGCGAAUUAUCAGACAAUUGUAUAACCGAUGUGGAUGCUCUUAUAACGUGGCAUCUAAUGAAGUUGGAUCUCAAAGGAAAGCAGCUUCUUUUUAUUCUACCUCUACUAACUCUAGGAAUGCACACUCAUUCCCUGGACCUGACUAUAGAUGUUGGCUGUCUCUUUCAGAUAACCCAACUCCCCAGUGUAGCAUUCUGGAACAGGCUACAGCUGCUCUAUCUUCACGACAACACCAUGGUGACUAGAAAGAACAGAGGGGUGUCAGGCUGUGUUAACCUCACUGCAUUGAUCCUCUGUGACGCACCGCUCAGCAUGAAGGAAAACUACAGGCAUUGCAUCAUCAGCAGCAUCUGGUCACAGAAAGCUCUGGAUAACCAUGUGGUCUCAGACAAGGAGAUAAUUGAAAACUGGGUUCUCCCCCUACAAUUCAAAGCCUUGUAUCCUCAGUUCUAUGGGGACCUAUCCAAAACCUAACUUGGUCAGUCAAAAAGUGAUUUGCAAUCUCUUCAUUAAAUGGUCUAUUCACUUUUUGUGCUUUUAUGUAAUUCAGGGGCCAUAUCAGAAUGAAAUGAAAGCAGUUCAUAGGAUUAUAUCAGGAGCCAAUAGGAUUCAGGCAGUGUAUUCUCCAAUGCUGACUGUCCAGUGAUGGAUCAGAGGACAUCUGACCAGAAAAAGGCGUGGCUAGGUACAAGUAGUUGACACAAUAUAGCAAAUGUAUUGCCAUUGAAGAAUUGCUGUGGGAAAACAAAGUAUGGUUAACAUUUAUCCUCCAAUAGCAACACAUUCUCACAUCGCUACCAAAUGAGGUGUUACAGACGAACGUUAAUUUUGAUGUCUGUCAUUGACUGCAGAUAAUCACACCUCUUUCCUGGUUUUAUUGGUGUCUCUCACUGAAAUGUUGUUUGUUGUUCCCUCUUGUUUGUGCUGUUCCGAGCCGUAAAAGCUUCUAGUACAGCCAGAGAGUUCAUCUAUCUCCCAUCUCCUCUGCUGGGUCAGACAGCCAGGGCACAGCCAGGACCGCAGAGGCCCAUGAAGAGGCCUGGGUCAAAGUGAGCACAGCUGAUCAGCAUGUGCAGAUUUUGAAUCAAACAAUUUCCCUUGCACUCUGUGAUGUAACCAAAACUCCAACCACCCUAACCCAGUGUUCCCAAAGAUACUCCCCAGGGAAAUAUUAUCUGUGACAGUCCCCACUCCAUUCAGCUCUCAUUGCCUUAAAUGUUCAUUAUAAACCAGGGGUUUGGCACUUGGAUUAAAUGCCCAUUAUAAACAGCAUUGGCAC